AUGGUAUUCUCACGAUCUGGGCGAUCGAUAUUCCCUCUGCUUCCGCCAUAUGGUACUCACGACCCCAACAACGGCCAAAUCAUUCCCUUGCAUCCCGAUGGACUCACCCCAUAUCUCGGUUUGCGAGCUCGGCUAUCACAAGUAUGGAUCAAUCGCUGGACGAUUCUGCUACUUCUUGUGCUCGUGCGAGUCUUGAUAGCAAUCGGAGAUGUCCGAAGUGAUAUGGCAUCCGCCAAGCGCGAGGCGCUAUCGGCAUGCACGUCGGUUGAAUCGAUGGGAAGUGCCAUGGCGUCGAUGCCGCACUACCUUUCCGAUGGAACCAACGAGCUUGUAGCCUCUGGAAUCGAAAAGGCCGUCAAUGGCCUGGGAUCCAUGCUCAUGCUCACCAUCACGGGUGUUGAGGAAAUUAUUCUUUUUAUCCUCAAAAUCAUGUACCAGACCUACCUCUGUCUUAUCACCAUGGCCGUUCGGGCCACCGUCUCUGUGAGCGUAGCUUUGAUUGAAGACGUUGCGGACGCUGUAAACAGCACCCUCCACAGCAUCAGUUCAGACAUUCAGAGCACUGUCAGUACAUUUGAACAUGGGCUGAACGACGUUGUUGAUCUUGUCAACAGCGCUGCGAGUGCCCUGGGUGCUAAUAUCCCAACCUUGAAUCUCAAUAGCUCCAUUUCCGCUCUGGAUGAUUGGACAAUCCCAUCGUCCUUUGACAAGAAACUGAACGAGCUGAACAGCUCUAUUCCCACCUUCAGUGAGGUGCAGAACUUCACCGAGAAUCUUAUCAAGCUUCCAUUCGAAGAAGUCAAACAUUUGAUCAACAACUCACUCGGCACUUAUACCUUCGACCGCUCUGCUCUUUCAGUCCCGGCCAAGAAACAGUUGACCUUCUGCAAUGACAACGAUGGAAUCAACAGCUUCUUUGACGGAGUAACCGACGUCGCUAUCACUGCGCGGAAAGUCUUCAUUAUUGUGCUCGUCAUCGCGGCAGUUUUGGCUUGCGUGCCGAUGACAUGGCAAGAGAUCCGCCGAUGGCGACAGAUGAAGGAGCGCUCCGAGCUCGUCCGAAAGGAGGCCCAUGACCCCAUGGACGUAGUGUACAUUGUUUCGCGCCCAUAUACCGCCGCCGCCGGUAUCAAGGCAGCAAGCCGCUUCAGCAACAGCCGUCGGCAGAUCCUUGUCCGCUGGGCAAUCGCAUACGCAACCUCGGUCCCUGCACUGUUUGUUCUUUCCAUUGCCAUCGCUGCUCUACUAUCUUGCCUCUUCCAAUAUAUCCUCCUCCGGGUCAUCUCGAAAACAGUUCCAGAGCUCACCAGUGAGGUGGGUGCCUUUGCCGACAAAGUAGUCGACGCGCUCCAAAACGCCUCCGCGGAAUGGGCAAACGAUGCCAACAGCGCGAUCACCGGUUUCGACGACGAUCUCAACAAAAACGUCUUCGGAUGGGUCAACACCAGCACCCAUGCGGUAAACGAAACACUCAACGCCUUUGUCGAGAAAACACAAGGUGUCCUUAAUGAGACCUUCGGAGGAACCCUCCUCUACGAGCCGAUCGAAGAAGUCUUCAACUGCCUCGUUUUAUUGAAGAUCACAGGCGUGCAAAGGGGCCUUACGUGGGUCUCAGAUCAUGCGCACAUCGAUUUCCCCCUCCUACCAAACGACACCUUCUCCCGAGGCGCCGCUGCCAGUAUCUCCAAUACCACCUCCGACCCUUCUGACAGCUUCCUCGCCGACGCAGACGACGAGACGUCCAACAAAAUCACCGAAGUCGUCGUGAGCGUGAUCAACAAGCUCGAAGACUCCCUACGAACAGAAACACUCAUCGCCACUAUGGUCCUCUUGCUUUGGGUUGUAAUUGUUCUAAUCGGCUUCUCGCGCUCCCUCAUCCUUUGCUGGGGUCGCGAUCGAAAUCGCGGCGAGGGCGGCGGCCAUGCUAUGGACCCAAUACCAAACAAUUCUAGGCCCGGUCCUGGCUCUAGGGGAUUCGACGACGUUCCUCUCACUGCUAUUCCGAAAAAUACCCUGGGAUCUGUACAGGCAGUUCCUAAGUAUGAGACUCCUGCGGAUAUGCCCGCCGUUCGGAGUGAGCCGACUUACAAGGAUGAAAAGCUUGGGUUUGCGGGGCAGAGGGAUUAUGACACGGCUUUGCAGGUUGAUACGGCGCCUGCUUUGAGAAGGAGCAAUUACGUCGAGUACAAUGAUACGAAGGGGUGA